AUGGCCAACAAGGGGCGGGAGCAAGCUCUCCGACACUUGAAUAAGCAAAUUCCUGUCUUCAACAAGAAUACUUUCUUGUUUAUCUUUCUGACGGAUUUCACCAACGAAGAAGAAAAUGCUCUCAUGGAGGCUUUUAGGCUACUUUUUAUGAUAAAUGGCCGCGAAAUACAAGCAUGGAAGCCUUCUCGACACCUGCUGAGUAGCCUUGGGGUCCAGGGUACUCAUCGAGACAGCCAAGCCAACAUCUAUGCCAUUGCUAUGCUUGCUUAUCGAUCUGGUCUUCAGUUCUCGGGGGUUUCAAACGAUAUCGAAACAAAACCUGCUACAAUUUUUAUCGUUGUCGACGAGCUCAGCAAACGUUGCUGGACUAACACACACAAAGUCGGCGAGCAAGGUACAAUUUCAAUACUCAUGGUUCACGUGCAAUCAGAGACGGAUGAUUAUACACCUCCAUAUUGCUUCACUAUCCCGGUUGGAGUGCGCGUUGAAGUUGCUCGUUAUGAUCUUAGCCUGUGGCACGAUUUUGAGUCUGGUCAUGAUUUCUCUAAUGAUUCCACCUUGUCUGAAAACGGACUGCUGGAUAUUCUAGGAUAUUUCCAAAAUGGAGAGCACCGGGACUAUAGUAAUGAGGAAGAAUAUCUGGAUGACUUUUGGAGUGGCGGUAUUGGUUCCUGGGGGUAUAAACAUUGGAGUACGUUCAUUUACGACCCAGAUCAGCGGCCAUUUCAAGUUGUUUCUUCAAGUGAAACUUCGUCCACAAUAAAUGAAACAUGGAGAGCUUUAUUACCACGUCUUCCCGCGGAGCUCGUCGGCAACAUUAUCUCUUUCACAGCUGCAGAGCCGUUGACGGAGAAGAUUCUGUGGGAAAAACGCCAAUCGGACGAGCAUCUGCAUCUAUUUCUCACGUUUCCCACAACAGAAAAUGAGCUACAUGAAACUAGUCUGAUCAUUCAUGAUCUUCUACGGCAGCAACCCGAAGAUUCUCCGAAAACAGCAGAGCUAAUCCCGCUGCAUUGUCAUCAGAUGAUCUCACGCCGUGAUAUCUGGACAUUUUGGGAAGCAUACCGACAACACGAGCCUGAUGAAAGACUUCACAGUCCAUUUAUGAACCUGCUGUUACAUUCUUUCACUGAUAACUUGAAAGAUCACAAAAUGUCUCCCUUCGCAGUUGUCCGGGAUUUAAGACAUAUGCCUCUGGCUAUCAUGCACAUCACUUUUACGGAAAUGUGCCUGCCGCAACAGAAAAGAAAACAAGGCUUGGAUUGGAGUUGGAAGGCCUACCCUGUUAAUACGGCAGAGCUUUUACAUCAUCCAGAUCAGCCGUGUUAUGAAGUUUCCCCGCUCUGGAGGGGGGCAAGGUCAUUUGAUAUUCUUGACAAUAGGCGGGACCGAUGGAUCUCAGUAUUCUACCUGACAAAAAGGUUCACAGAGAAAGAGGAUUCAAAACUGAGGCAACUAGUCGAAGAAGAUCUGAAGAGUGUGUGCUAUAUACCCUGGGAGCAUGAGGAGGAUGGAGGCUUGGACGACAUGUGGAAAAUACUCUUGAAAGUGUACAGGUAUCACGGACUGGGAACAAAGUGUCACCGCUUGUUCUUCAUUGACAGGGAGUCAUUCAAUGAUCGUCGACUCAUUAUUAUUGAAGCUUACUUUUAUCUCGCCGGGAGACAAGUACAAAGCCGCAGCAAGCUUCUACAAGGCCUCGAAGCACCUUUGCUAGCCGGAUUUCGUCAUUGUCGUAUUCCAGCCACAGAGGCACCGAUGAUCUCCCUCGCGCUUUCAAAAAAGACAAUGGUUUUCGAAGAACUUGAGGGUCCUGACGAUGAAGACACCGAGUUUAUUCGACCGGGCUGGCCAAGUUUUAGCGAUCUUCCUCCAACAAAUCCUUUCAGGCCAGACUGGGAAGAGCCAACGACAAUACCUGUCUGGGAGAUUUUCAAUGUCAUGGGUGGUGGGCUCAACCCGAACCCAGAAACGGAAACAAAUUCUUGA